AUGUCUGUAGAUGUUCGGGAAAAAUAUUUGCCAGAUACUGGGCAAAGCUUAACCAAACACAUUAUUGAAGUGCCCUCUUGCGUGACACCGUCUGAAGCGAAGGGUGACCAGUCCGUCACAGUAGAAACGCACAAGGAAUUCCUUGCUUUUUCUGGGUUACUGGAUAUGACAACCAUUGUAUCCGUUGGUUCAAAUGUGUUUGUGGGUGGAGGGUUGGAAGAUGUAGUCAACACAUGGCUGUGCUCCAGGAGAAGCCCCAGCACAGAGGGGGGCACCGUGUGGCCCUCCAGCUCCCCCCACAGCCCCGCCGGCUUCCCACUGACUGAGCAGCUGAGAGCGGCCGGAGAUACCAAAACUCCAGCAGGGAGGUGCCAUCUGCAGCACCGGGGGCUCCGGCUCUCCUCUCCUCACCGGGUUCCCUCACAUCCCACUGGGAAGCCGCCUCACAUCCCCGGGCUCCCUCGCCCCGCCAGCCAGAGCCGAACCCGAGCCGGAGAGCCCCGUGUCCCUGUCAGCCGACUGGAGACUGAACCCCUCCCUGUCAGAGGUCGCGGGAGCCGCCGGGAGAGGAGCGCGUGUGACUGGGACUCCAGCCUGUGUCUCCUGUCUGCUCUGCUGCUCCGCAAGAUUUUAGCUACCUGAAACCAAAGCUGUCUUCAGAUCUUCCAGCCAUUACAGACCGGUCAUUGUCUACCUCACCAAAGUGACUCUUCCAUCGGUAAGAGGAUCCAACAGACCUUCACUUCUGUUAUCCCAUUCUUUCCUCUGUUUGGAUCUUACUUACUUUAUUACAGAGUGAUUCUAAAAGCAAAAUAUAUUAUCCCCAACCAAAGGUUUGGGCUAAUAGAGCCACACUCCGGUAGGUGGUAACCGUAGACCUAGCCAGCGCUAGCAC